UUGUUAGCAAAGUGUUAUGCAAUUAGCACGGCCUGAAGGAAAAGACUCGUAAACAGAUCGUUGGCGGCGGACUCGACGACCCUCAAGCAGGACACUCGUUGGGCUAAUUAACAGCACCAACAGCCGCGCAGGACGUCGGAAGUUUCUCGCGAGGAAGAUUUCCAUCCUGAAAUUACACCCCAGAGCUUAAUCGGUCCGGAUCCGACCGCCGGUGAGCAAUCAGGGCGCUGCCGCUCGCCCCGACGGGACGCUGGAUGCCGGCCUAUAAAAUGAAAUGCAGAGCCCAGAUUUUCCUUUGCGUGGCGGACGACUCACGUGGACAGAGGCAGGACCUUCUCCUUGGAGCAUUCGUAACGGAGCCUCUGUUCUGUUCCCGAGUAACUGCAGUGCGGUUCGCACCAUGAUUUCUCCUGAGAACGUCUCGCACGGCACCUUCGUGUUCCGAGGGUUCCCCGCUCUGGACGAGCGGCGUUGGGUCCUGGCGCCGCCGCUGGCCGCCGCCUCUGCCUCGGCACUGCUGGCCAACGCGCUUCUGAUUUACGUUAUCGUCAGCGAUGAGCGUCUCCACAGCCCCAUGUACCUGCUGAUCUGCUCCCUGUGCGUGGUGGAUCUGCUGGCCAUCAGCGCCAUCAUCCCCAGCACCAUUGCGGGUCUGGUUUUGGAGCAGAACCGCGUGUCCCUGGCCGGCUGCCUGGCGCAGAUGUUCGCCACCCACUUCCUGUCUUCAGUGGAGUCCACCCUGCUGCUGGCCAUGGCGUUGGAUCGCUACGUGGCCGUGUGCCGUCCGCUACGUUAUAGGCAGCUGGUGGGUCGGCGAGCGCUGGUCACGGUGACCCUCUUCACGUUGGCCCGAAGCGGCACCAUCAUGGCCACCCUGGUGGGCCUGGCGGGCUCGCUGCGAUUCUGCGCUUCCGACGUCAUCCGCCACUGUUACUGCGACCACAUGGCGCUGGUCAGCCUGGCAUGCGGUGACACCGACCGUAGCGAUGCCGCCGGGGUGGCGGUCAUCGCCUGCUUCGUGGGUGUGGACAUCCCGCUCAUUGUUCUCUCCUACUUGAAGAUCCUAGGUGCGGUGAUUCGGGCGGCGGCCCCCGGGGACGAGCGUCGUAAGGCCUUCCACACGUGCGGCACCCACCUGAUAGUGAUGAUGGUCUUCUACCUGGUGGGUAGUGUCACUUUCCUGUCGCACAACCUCGGCCUCGGUAUCCCUACUGACGCCAACAGCGCCAUGGGGCUCCUCUACAUCCUGAUCCCGGCAGCCGCCAACCCCGUCAUCUACGGGGUCCGGACGGCAGAGAUCAGAAAAGGUUUCUACAGACUCGUCGGCUUUGGGGACACCGCCGGGGUCCACGUCUGGCCCGCUAACGCAGCCGUCUUAAUGUGAAGGCGCCGUGGGAGGUCACUGUCGACCCUGGCGAAGAAUUGAAAGCAAAAAGGACAAACUGUUGUGCUGAGUAUCAAAACGAGCGAGAACAGCCUCCAGUGUGCUAAACACGAGCCGCUGAGUUUGUGUUUCUCGUACCAUCCUCACGGCUCUCAACUUGUUCUUCC